AGUUAUCUCAAUCCUUUCCUUACUCACUCACAUUCCUUUCCUUACUCACUCACAUACAACCAAUAUUUCAAACAAAUUAUAUAAAGUAAUGGCAUACUUGUGGUUGGAAAAUGAUCACAGAUCCAAUGAAGAACAUAUCAGAAGAUGGGAUGCACAGGGUGCACCUCUCGUCACCCGUACUAGACAACACAUAAUACCAAGUCCUCAUAUUGAAGAGUAUCUACGUCAAACCGGAUUUUUUGAGGUUUCUCAAAUAGGGCGUUACAAAAUCGAUAGACACAUCGUAACCGCUCUUGUAGAAAGGUGGCGGUCUGAAACACAUACUUUUCAUUUUCGAACGGGUGAAUGCACAAUCACGUUGGAAGACGUAUAUAUGUUACUCGGAUUACCUUUUUGCGGACCAUUUGUUACGGCUCCUCCAAAUCUUGCGUGGAACAUUUGUGCUCAAUUGUUGGGAAUAACUCCUCCAGCAAAUAAAACUGAUGGUUUUACCCUCUCAUUGUCGUGGUUAAAGGAUAAUCUGGUCGAUAAUAACUUCAGUGAACAAUCUCCUCCGGAGGUAAAAAUACAACACACUAGGAGGUACCUACUAUACCUCUUUGGAGGGUUCUUGUUUCCUAAUACAACUGGAUUAUUUGUGCACAACUCCUGGUUGUAUUUGUUAAUGGAUUUUAAUCUAACAAGAAACUAUAGUUGGGGAUCGGCAGUGUUGACUUACCUUUAUCGUGGCUUGUGUGAGGCAUCACACCCAAAUAUAAAAGCACUAACAGGAUGUCAUUUCCUGUUACAAGUUUGGGGAUAUUGUCGGUUGAGUUAUAUCGCUCCGAAAAAUGAUAACCCACUCCAGUGGCCGCUUGGAUUAAAGUAAUCGUGAUCAAUUUUUUUUUUAAUAUUUAUUUCGUCACAUUUUCUCACUUCUUAUUAAUAUUAUUAUUUGAUAAAUUAGUUACUAAAUUGUUUAUAUCAUUUGUUAGAUGGACAGGUGCAGGUUCAAGAUAUUAUGAAAAUCCAAGCCAUGACACUAUUUCUUACCGAAAAAAGUUUGAUGACAUACUACCCCAUGAUUUUAAAUGGAGACCAUACAAGAAUGUUCCACACAACUUGCCUGAAGAAUAUUGGGAGUGGACUGCAACAAGUUACCUUAUAUGUUUUGACAAAGUUGAAUGGCAUCCAACUGAUAGGGUCAAGCUCCAAUUUGGUCUGCCACAAGAAAUACCAGGGCCCCCACGAGACAUGACACAGUACCAUGUAAUAGACAAACGGUUCAAGACGUGGUACAAAUCAAAUGGUUAUCGCUUUCCAGAAGAGUGCGAACAU